GCAUACGUACGUGGAAACGAGCCGACAGGUCGACCUGUCAAAAUCGGCAGCUGCGGGAUCGAGUUUGCUUGCGCGUAAACGCUCUGGAAAAUGAGUUAACUGACUCUGCCGACGCAUCAUGUCGCCAGAGCCCACGCAGGAACCCGUUCAGGAGAGUCUGACCGUUUCCAACGUAGUCCUGGACGCUAGAGCGGCGAACGAUGAGGAAGACAGCGACGACGAGGAUAUGGGUAUGGCCGGAUACCUGCCGCUGUCCCAAGUGUCCACCGAUGCCGAUCCCAUAUUAGGCGAGGAAGAGAACGACGAAUGGCUGUCUGGAUUUGACGAAUCUAGUCAAGUGUCAUCCGCUCCAGCUGAAACGGAAACUCAACAAAACUGUUCCUCAGAUAUAUUGGAAGUCUGGUCGUGUCCGCACAACCGUUCCGACAUCGAUCUGGACGCGACUAAAAUCAAAGAAGUAAAAUCCGUGAUGGCGUCCGUCACCAUCCCCGAGGCUUCCAUCCCGCAGUGGGCGAGCGCGAUCUCGGAGGAGCAAUGGAAGGAGCAGCUUCUCGUGCGCAUCAAACAGAUGCAGAACAAGGAUUCGUAGAGCUGACGUUGCAACGUAGUCGGUGGCUGCAACGAAAAGUUAAAAUCUCUACGCGACGAGCGGUACAUCUGAAAUUAUUCCAAGUAUAAGUCAUUACGAUGCGGGAAAAAAGAAGAGGCGCCUGUCGGGCAUCUCUGAAUCGUAUAUACAUAUAUUUUAGCGUUUAAGUGUAAAAAGGAAUAAAAUAUUUGAUUUUUAUAUCUGUUGAGCCACGAGCCGUUUGUUUCUCUCUCGAACAGGGUUUUAGCAUCUUGUUAAUGCGUAGGACACGUAUGGAAAACAUAUUCGAAUUGUAAAGUAUAUUUUUAUUAGUUUCGUUUUCUUUUCAUAUGUUGGAAGCAGAUUAUAAGAGAUAUAUAUAUA